AUGACGAGAACGACAACACUGCGGAAAUAUGGGCGGACGACCCGGAAACAGACGGCUGAGGCGCUGUUUGCGGAACUCCCCAAGUCGCCGGUGAGGUCGGAGCUAGGGUCGGGACCGGAGUUGGAAACGGGGCUGGUGUCGUCGGGGUUGGAGAUGGAGGAGUCGGGACGGGAAAUGGGGACGGGAUUGGAAGGGGGGGAUGCAGAGUUGAGUUCGGAAAGGCAGCUUGGGGAUGAGAUGGUUGAUUUGGCACAACAACUGGAAUCUACUGUGCUUGAGGAGAGGGCGGUGCCACGGCGGGAAAGGGAAAGGGAUCAAGAGGAUACGCCUUUGCCGUUACCAGAGGCUCCAAAAAGCAGCAAGCGUACCACCACGCCAAUCCAGUCACCCCAGGAAGAAGAGAACCAUCUACCUGACGAGCCGGCAAAGGACGGCCUAGUGGACGAGGAGAACUCCUACCUCGAGGAAGGCGAAACCUCCCUCUUCGACGGUCUCCGCACGCUCACCUGGUCCGACGUCUGCACACCCCACGACCGCAUCGACAAGAUUGCCGAAGCCUCCUUCGCCGAAGUCUACCGCAUCACCAACGCCCAAGGCACCUCCAUCAUCAAAGUCGUGCGACUCUCCUCCCCUAUCAAGCCCCAGACCAAAGCCCAGCAGCGGUCUGGCUUGGUUGAUGAAGAGCCCCAUGAUGAGGAGGAUAUGCAGGGGGAGUUGAGGAUUUCGGAGUGGUUGGCGGAUAUCCCAGGGUUUGUGGUGUAUAAGGAGCAGUAUGUGGUAAAGGGCAAGGGGACGAAGGCGUUGUUGGAGACGCAUCAGGCGUUUCAGAAGAAGGUGAAGAGGCAGGAUCCGGAUCGGUUGCAGUUUUAUCCUUCGCCGAGUCGGUAUUUGGAGGAGACGCGGUUUUUGGUGGUGGAGCUUGGGGAUGCUGGCACGGCGUUGGAGGACUUUGAGUUGAGCUCGGUGAGUCAGGUGUGGGAUAUCUUUUUGCAUACGGCGUUGGCGUUAGCUAGGGCGGAGGAUAUGGUGGAGUUUGAGCACCGUGAUCUCCAUGAGGGGAACCUCUGUAUCCGCCGGGUCAGACCUCCCAAGCCAAAACCUGCGACAGAAGCAGAUAGCGAGCGCCGGUUCGGGUUCUCCGGCUUGGACAUCACCAUCCUUGACUACGGCCUCUCCCGCGCAACCGACCCAGACUCCUCUUACCUCUUCGACGAGGACGCCGACGACAGAGUAGUAGCCUACGACCUAGAAAAAGACCUCCCCCUCUUCCAAUCCACCCACGCGCCCCAAUGCCAAAUCUACCGCCAAAUGCGCUCCCACCUCAUCUCCCACGACCGCGUCCCGCUGCUCCCACCCAGCCAGCACACCACACCGUACCCCAUCUCGCCCGUGACCAACCGCCCCAUCUCCUGGCGGGCGUACCGGCCGUAUACCAACGUUCUGUGGCUGGCGUAUUUCAGCGACAGGGCUGCACUGCGACAAUUCCGCCGUGAGACGGCAGAGCUGAGAGCACACCUGGACCCGGCCGCGCCACGUGGGGUGUUGAGUUUCCCGAGUGCUGGGGAAGUGGUGCGGUUUGCGGUGGAAGCGGGUUGGAUUGGAGAAGAGCAGGUUGUGGGAGGGGUUUGGGGGGAAGGGGGCAGUAGGUUGGAGGGGAGUAAGCUGGAGAAUGAUGAACUGAGUCAGCUGGGAGCAGAUGGAGGUGGUCAGAAGGGCGGUGAGGUGCAGCAUCCACCCACACGCAUUGCCCCCAAUCCUACCAACCUACGAUUCGGGUAA